AUGCUAAUGGAGUGUAGUACCGAAGACGGUGGACGAACGAGCCGCUUGAUCCGUGAAGGAUUCGAUCACUUUCUAGCGGAUCUCACACGUGAACGGGAUGCACUUGGCCAACGCACCAUGCCAUUGGAUGUUUGCGUCUUCUGCGUGCAGUUCCUGCCUUCCUCAUACCCUAUUAGCGGUGACUCUGAAGAGGAACAGAGCACUCACAGCACCACGAAUUACUGUGUGAGAGCAACCACACAUUCUUCGCGUAUAGCAGCUCGUUGCAGUAGUGGAGGCCAGACGAGUUCAAGCCUCGUGAUUCAGCACCAGUUUCCUCCACGAACGGCUCGAGCGAUCCGACGUCGAAGCUGUUCGCCAAAUGCUUCAGUGUCACCUCGACCUACUCCGACGUAUCGCUUGUUGUCGAAUGACGCCACGCGCGUGCUGCGUAUCGAAUUGCCAGCAGCAGCGCUGAACUCGAUAGGGCAUAGAUAUGACCAGCACCACCGCCUACUAACAGGCAACGACGACCGAAAUACCCAUGGGCGCAGCGAAUGUAUGACGGCUGGAUCAGUUAAUCCUGAAGCACCGCCGCAUCAAAAUAUUAUCGACAGCCUCAUCCACGGCGCGGGGACGUUGUAUACGGGCGUUAUUAUGGCUAAGCAGGAAUAUAACCCCUUAGUCCCUGCACCUCGACCGAGCGUCACCGCGAAAGGUUCCAAGAUCGUAACCAAAAAGCACGGUCGCCACUUUAAAACAGGGUAA